UCGAGCCUCGGAGAGUCCGCCGGUCGAGCUUGAAUGAGCCUCGCUAAAGGACGUCGGGCGGGGGGCGACGGGAGCGAAAGAGAAAGCGAUAGACAGAAAGCGAGAGGGAGCGAGAGAAGAAGAAAACGAGGGAGAGAUGUACGAUACUCGAUAACAGAGCACGAAGAGAGGGAGGAAAUGGGAGAGAGAGGAAGAGAAAAAACACGCUAGGGGCUAGUAGAACAAGACAGCAUUGGAACGGCCCUCGCCUCGGGGCUUAUUCAAGAGGGAGGGAGGGAGACAUUCGAAGGGAGAGAAGAAAAAUUGUGGGAAUGAGGAGGAUGCUAAUGUCGAGAGGCACAUUAUUGCAUAUAAUAAGUCAUCUUCUAUCUUAGGCAUGAAAACCGUGAGAAUAGCGAGAAAAUAACAGCAACAAACAUGUUACGAAUAUUCUAGAUCUCUGUAUUAUUAUUAUGAGACACGUGAUCGGUGUAAGCGGGGAGACUCGAUGCCGAAAAGUAUAACAAGAGCCGGGCAGUUCAAUCCGAGCCGUGCAAGAGCUACGUACGUGAUACGUAAAGAAAUAAAUACUCUGCAUACGUGUACACGAGCGUACGAAUUAUUGUAUCCUCCCGCCCCAAUCAGAAAAUAACCUAACAAACAACAAUGAAACUUAAUAUUAUUGUGCGACGAGAUAAAGACUGGAUGCUCGAGUCACGCAAGGAGUGCAAAUCGAUCGGCUGAACAGUACCGAAUCACGACGACGACGAAUUUGUGAGUCUGAGAGUAUCCAUCGAAAGGUCAAAUUGCGUGAUUUUAUUCAUUUACUUCGAAAAAAAUGGAAGGCAAAUCAUGCUCGAAGGAUCGUACUUUAUGGGUGUCUAAAUUCGAUCGAUUUUUAUCUCCUAAUUAAAGGUGGAUGGGCGAGAUAUAAAUCGACUUUUUGUGCCCAUCCAACGAAUACAAAUGACCAAAAAGAGCGUAUAAAACGGGCUCGCAUGACGAACGAUUGAACAAGCGGAAUGAGGAGGGGAAGGGGCUAUUUUGUUUGACAAAACAGUUGCGCGUGGUUUUGAGCGUGUGCAACGAGCUGAUGUCGUCGGCUGCUGCGUUUGCACACACGAACAACCACCUCGAUCGAUUUUCCGCGACUCUGGUUAUCGAUAGGCGCGACGUUAUACAGCCAAUCUGUGCAAUACUCUAGAUUCGUUAUCCUGAAAAAAACGAGGCAAAACGCCAGAGAGAAGAGGACAACCAACGAGAAAAUCACCCCUCCCUUCCUGUCAACCAACAAAUUGACAGGAAUGGCAUCUGUCUCGGUCACUGGAGUUUCCGUCCUCGGGAAUUCCAAUCCCAGGAGAAUCAAUCAGUACAUCGGAGCACUGGUAGCAUCCCUUGGCGGUUUCUCUCUUGGUGUAUCUCUCGCUUGGAAUUCGAGCGCCGGUGACGUUCUUCGAAAUGUACUUAAAGCUAGCGCCACUGAGAUAGGAUUGAUCGGGGGAAUCGUAAAUGCAGGUGCUUGCCUGGGAGUUCUAUUAGUUCCUUGGAUCUUGAAAUUCAUCAGCCGUACCGGGACAAUGUUUGUCAGCAUUCCCAUCAAUAUGAUUGGAUGGGCUUUCAUUUGCUUUGCCGAUCAGAAGGUCUUGUUUCUCAUAAUCGGAAGAACAAUUUGUGGCAUCGUGAGCGGAGUCUUUUGCGUUGUCACGCCUUUGUACAUCGCGGAAAUAGCUGACAAACAAAUCCGUUCGCGUCUCCUCACCUUUUUUCAACUGUUCAUCAAUUUUGGAAUCAUGUACGCAUUCCUCGUCGCUUACGGACUCGAGGAGCGUGAGACCAUUUGGCGAUACAGCCUCAUAUGUGCUGCGGCCUGUGCGCCCAUAGCUCUGGUCAAUUUCCUUCCUGAGAGCCCACUCUAUCACGCGAAAAGGGGCAACAUGAACGCUGCCUUAAGAUCGUUGAGGUGGUACAGGGGUGAAGAAUACAAGUAUCAGGAAGAACUCGACGAAUUUGAGAAAUUAGUAAAGAUGCGACGCCAUGGAUUCAAAGCCAUUAUAAAAAUGUUGAAAAAACGAAAAGUCUUGUGGGCAAUUAUCGUCUGCCAUGGUGUCAUAGUAGCCCAGCAGUUGAGCGGUAUAAAUACCAUGAUUUUCUACGCCCUCGUCAUAUUCAACAACGGUGGCUCUGGAGAUAUGACCGGUGAGGAGCUGACGCUUAUUGUUGGGGCGGUGCAAGUUUUCGCGUGUCUUUUAUGCACUUUGACCGUCGGUCGUAUCAGCAGGAGGGUACUUUUGAGCAUAUCCGCUGCAUUUACGGGCCUUUUUCUUAUUUUACUCGGCUGGUAUUUCAGCGUAAGAGACAGCGACCCGGAGUUAUGGGACGAUACUUACGGGUGGAUGCCACCAACCUGGAUAAGUCUCUUCUUCGCGUCGUUUAAUCUCGGACUCGGACCGUUAUCGUGGUCGCUGUUGGCUGAUACAUUUCCCAUGGAGAUAAGACUAACAGGAGCCACGAGCGGGGCUUUUCUCAAUUGGUUAUUGUCCCUGACAGCGACAUUGACCUUUGGAAAAAUGGCGAUAACCCUUGGGAUUCCGAAAACAAUGUGGCUUUUUGGCGGAUUUUCAGGAAUAGCCGCCAUUUUUUGUGCCAUUCUAGUACGUGACAACAGCAACAAAAGUAUGUACGAUAUACACACGAAUUUUGGCACGAGCCAGCGUGCAUCGGACUCCGGAUCUUCCCGGAUCGUCGGACAGACUUGAAAGAACAUUUCACAAGAUCGUCUCCCUCGGUCAACACGAGAAGAUGAAACCACUUUGGAUCGCCCGUUAACUCCGAUGUAUUUUAAUUUUUAAUCUAUUAUUAUACUUAUAUACAUUCUCCUGCAGUUUUCAUACCCACUCGUUUCGACUACCGUUUUGAGAACGUUCCAAAAUGUCGUGAGAAUACAGAAGUGCAAAACAGUCUCGAAUAAAAAAGUGUUCAUCAA